CUGCGUACAUUACUCGUGCAAAACUCGUGCUUUAUACAUUUUACGUGUGGUCACUGUUACUACUGGUAUGCCUCUCGACUUCGUCCUUCUGCUUCUGCUGGCGCUCCUCCUGAGGACGCGGGCGAUGCCGGUCGAUUUCGACGACAAAGUCAAAUUCGAAAACGCGCCCGAAAUCGAGAAGAAUUUGGUCGACUAUUUAAAUUGGUAUUACGACACGUACAUGGUCGCCGGCGCCAACCACGAGGUCCAGGAGAACGGCGUCGAAAACGAAGACAUCUACGAGAAAAUGCAGUCGGAUCAGGCGCCUCCCGCAGAUUUCGGACAGCUGAACAAGCCCAUGUACGUCAAUCUGUCAUCGAUUGUCAACCUCACAUCCGAAAAUCAGUCGGACGAGUACCAUCGAAUUAUGCGGAACAGACGCGAGGGUAAAACGGAUGACAGAACGAAGGAUGCGUGGAUACAGAUUUUGAAGAACAACAUCUUGAGACACGUGGGCCGGACGAACAGCUCCACGUCGAAGCCGCCCAAUGGAUUCGAUGUGCCCGGCCUGAACAUGUCGAAAAUUAUUCCCGAUCUUCUUCCAUUGCCCGACGACUCGGUCGACGAUGUCACUGAGAAGAUUCGAAGCUACUACCCUUCAUGUGAACUGCCCAAGAACACCGACCAAGAUCUGUGGAAGGACGAGAACACCAUGAAUUUGUACUUUAACGUGGAGCAUCCAGACUCCAGCAGCAUUAACGUGGCGACGGCCACCUUGCGCUUGUACAGAGUGCCUGCGGGCAACGUGACCAGCACCACAACGGACAGCUGCGAGAAUUCGACCGGAAGCGAAGAGCAGCUCAUGAGAAUCUCGAUUUAUUGGUACACAAAAUCGCUGAAGCGGCAACGUGUAAAAAGGCGCCUUUCCGAUAGUAAAGUGAUCGCCCAAAGCGCCAAGUGGGUGGAAUUGAGCGUGCUCCCAGCGACCAAAGCGUGGAUGAAAGGGAAAAACUUGGGACUGGCCAUCCUAGUCGAAGACCAAGAGGGUGCAGUUCUCAAGGCUGACAAAUACUUCAAGGGCGCAUCUUGCAUGGUUGGCACGUCAACCCCAAAGCCUAUACCAACAGUCAUCGUCGACGCAGCAAGAUGGGCAAAUGAAUUGGAACGCAUUAAUGGCAGCCCUGGACGAAAUACAACAACAGCCUUCUUUAACCACCUAUCACUGCUCCCAACCGUAGACAUCUGCACGCUCGAGUUCCCCCAAAAUUCCACGCACGAUACCGCCGCGAACUACAAGGGGAACGUCUGCGACCUAAAGCGAGUGCACCAGAAGCCGGUGAACGCCGACGCGCCCGGCGCCCUCCCGACCAGUCGCCACAUACGGCACCAAAAGCACAACAUGGAUCCCAGAUCGAGAAUGGUCGGCCAGAGGUUGGUACUGACCAGCGAGGAGAUGAGAAACCUGAACGCGCACCUCGCGAACUCCACCUAUCCGAGCAUCCAAAGAUAACUCGCCCCCGAGCACACACCUAAUCAUUUUUUGUUGUACAAGAAGACAAGACUGCAAUUUUACUUAAAGACACACUAAGUGCGACUGUGGAUGGAUGUGAUUGUGUUAAGCAAUCAUUUUAAUUGUACUUAACUCGUCGGUAAUUUAAUUAUUUAUAUUUUGUAAUAUUAGCUAGCUUUAAUUUCACGAAGAUACCUCGUAUCUUAAUGCUAUGUGUAAAUAUUGUAUAGUUAGGAUUUAUUUAAUAAAUGUAUUUUCUAACA